AUGGCCACUGACCAAUUCCAACGCGCCGUUUCUGCAAGUGGUCUAGAUGACGUAGACGAGAAACUUAGGCAGCUUCAGGUCUCUUCCAAAGCUUCCAACGGAACGCUACUUCCUUCUCCUUAUUUACCUCCUGAACUGAACGUCAACGAAGCACCCCGCAACCAGGAUAGGCGACCACGCAGGGCGUUCUUUGGCUUUGUUGUCUCUGAAGACAUCAUGAUUGACUAUACCCUGCGCUGGUACCAGGGCACUUUCACCCGCGAGAGCCUCAAGAGUAUUGAUCCUGCCUGGGUUGGUGUCAUUUGUAUGGCUGCUGCUCAGGAUCAUCUAGAAGUCGACCCAGACCACCCGAGAAUAAGGAUUCCUAUGGUUGAGACGCCCGACGGACUCAAGCCCUGCGUCUCCAUAUAUGACAGUUAUGACAGGCUCGGCUGGAGUUUGGCCGAGGAGAAAGAGACAGAGUACAUCGAGCUUAUAAGGAGUGAACUUGGGUUGCCAGAGAUUCAGGAGCCGAUGUGGUACUAUUAUGCUAGAUGA